AUGGCUGCUGCUGCUAAAUGCUCUAACCGAACUGGUACCGGUAGUUUAGAAAGCGAGCUGACGUGUCCUGUGUGCUGGGAAAUCUUCAAGCAGCCACUGAAGCUACCUUGCGAGCACGAUCUCUGCCGAGAAUGUGCCGACAGUUUGUUGAAAUCGCAGUUCGCGAUCAGCGGGAGGCAGCCACGAAGUUUUCGCUGUCCGGAAUGCAGGGAGAAAGUCGUCAUAGACGGUCGUGGCAUCGACAGUCUACGUCGAAAUGUUCGUCUACAGAACAUCAUUGAGAGGUUUGUUUGCGGGAAUACAUCGGCGACCCAGAAGGAUGAGAAUGUUGUCGAUAAUGCCGUAAUGAUUGAAAAGACCGCCAGCGCCAAGGGUUCAGUCGGUGCAAAUCUAUCCGUGGAACAGAUAAAGGAAAUUUUAUCUUCUGAGAACGAAGAGUUGUUUGUGGCCAACAACGAAAUAGAAGAUUUUAUUGAGGAAAUGGGAAAUUUUAAAUAUCUGAUCAAGAAAGAUGCGGCAAAGUGCAAAGCGGCAGUCGACAGUGAAAUCGACAUGUUGAUUAGCGCAAUUCUGAAACGAAAGCAGUAUAUCAAAGAGAAAAUAGUAAAACAACAGUUAGAGAAAAUAAGAAUGGUUGAACAUCAAAUUCGAGAUUGUCGUAAGCUUCUUGGCCACGGUCUGAAUACAGCUCUUUACAUAGAGGAUAUUUUGGAGGAAUUUGACGAAACUGCGAUGGUCCAGAAUUUUGGGACCUUGAAGCAAAGUGUUACCCAAGCCAAAAGAAGUAUUAAUAAAUCGUUACAGGAACCAAUCAUGGAACCACAGCUUGGUUUUGUCGUAGAUUUCAAGCUACAAAAAGACGUGCUGGAAAUGUUAGACAUUAUAUCAAGUAAACCGAACAUAAAACUUAGAGAAACUGCCUUACCCAUGUUUUCACCCGUCCCUCUUAUCCCAUUUAUCCCAGUCACAAAUGACAGUAAAUCGCCGGUUACUAUGGCAAUUAUAUCCCAAGAAUCAGCCCAGUUUUCACCAAGGUUUUCCAUGCCUGAUCUUCGAUCUUUGUCAAUAUCUAGUAUGACCCCAUCCCCUCAGUACGGCGUUCAUGCCUACAGGGAGGCGACCUCAAGGUCCGCCUCAUCACUGCCUGUGCACUCUGCAUCAUACCACACUAACGCCUCAGGCUCUACGAAGACGAAAACAAAGGAUUACUCGCUGUUAUUAGUUGGUCGUCACCGUAGUUCCGGUCAUCGCGAUAAACGGAAAAAUAAUCAGCCGCCGAUGACCGAUGUCCCCAGAAACGUUUCCAUAGCAACAAACGGCACACCAGCAGGUGCACCACAAUCGUUUUACGAAGAAUCUGACAUGGUCGCCAUGCCAACAGCAUCACAGAAUUCAGUGGAUUCUCAUGGACCAGAUCCAUCUUCGAACCAUAGACCUGAAUCAUUGACAGAAGAGUCAAGCCCAACAGUUGAGACACCUGAAGGGGAAAGCCCAUCGUAUGUGCCCUGA